AUGGUUGUCAUUCAACGUCUUGUUCCCUUGCUGAGUCUGUACCUCGGUAGUAGUGCCGCCUUCAGCCUCUACUAUGCUGAGGAUCUCGAGCGCAAAAACGUCGGCGACGCCUGCGUGAAGGCAAUGUCUGCAGAUAUCGACUGUCCUGUGUAUAUACGCUCCUUCAAACAGGGCGGCUAUUACGCAUCACUUGGCAACGUAACCCUGACCGAUGAGAUAUUUGCCAGUGCUUGCGCAAAUGAGAAGAAGGUAGAUGAUGUGCCUCAAUUCUACGGAGGCUAUAUCUGGGCCGGCUGGAACGAGACUUGUGACAAAGAUCCAAAGACCAACAGGUACUGCAACGAGGACACCGAGGACCUGGAACACGAAGAGAAGCUCUGCCUUGAUUGCAACCGCCGCAAACUAGAAAUGAUGCAAUCCUCCUCGUACUCUGAAUACGACAGCUUCUACCGGUCCAAACUAGUGGAGGUUUACGAGAAAUGCGGCGGCUCUGGUCCUACGGAUAUCCCGCUAACGCCCUGGGAAGAGGGACGCGAAAGGUUCUGCCCUACGAAGAAGUACCACACGACCAAAGGGAACGAAACGUGUGACUCGAUCGCCAAGGCCCACCCAGGUGUUGCUGGCUAUGACCUAUAUGUGCACAACAAAAGAUUUAUAGCUGACUGUCGCAAGAUACGUGCGGGUAUCAAGCUGUGUCUACCCCCGAUAUGUCCUAUUCACGUGGUCCAGCCGGGCGAUACCUGCGAAUCCAUUGAGCAGGAAAACGAUCUUGAAACUGGCCGCGUUCGGGGCGGCAAUUGGUGGAUCAAGUCUGAUUGCAGCGACUUGCAGGAGGCUACUGACCUUUACGGCAAGCCCAUCUGUAUUGGAUACUAUCCCCAAGAGACCUAUGGUCCCAGGAUCAAGUUCAGCAGCGCGAACGGUCCUCCAAUUCCACAGCUGAGGAUGGAUGAUGAUGACGAUGAUGAAUAA